ACAACUGAAGUUAACAUUAUAUAAUACUGCCCCUUUAACUGAGAGAUGUAAGGAAAUAUGCCUGGUUAAUUGUUGUGGGUUUGAUCUAAACAUGGUAAAAAACUAAAGAAGUGCAGAAAUAUGCAUUUUAUUUAUCAUUUGAUUAAACUGAGUCAUCCAUGCUCAUCUGUAAACCUUUAAAGGAUGAUGAAUAUCUUUUAAAAAUGUUUUUUUAGGACGUUCAGCUCGGCAUUUCAUGUGCUGAUGUGCAGCAAAGCCAAUGAGCUAUCCACUUCCACUGGAAACAAUUACAUUUCCCAAUAUGUGGAGUUUAGGGGGCAUGGAAACGGCAUCAGUGGUUGCAGUGCUGUGUGGUUCCAGCGAUGGUCAUAGCUGCAGGGGCUCAUGCGUUGGUCUUGGGUGGGUCUCUCAAAAAUCCAGUCAAGAGGAGUUUUGUCUUUCCCCAGAAUGCAUCGAAGCAGCCGGGUCCAUCCUGAGUAAGUUGGACCGGUCAGUCGACCCCUGUGAUGACUUCUACACGUUCUCCUGCGGCGGCUGGUUGAAGGAAAACACGAUUCCUGAAGACUCAUCGUCCCACGGCAUCUACCCCUGGCUGAGGCAGCAUGUCGACAUCCGACUGAAAGAGUUGUUAGAAUCUCCUUCAGAUGCAAAAGAGCUGCAGGCCGUGACCAAAGCCAAGAUCCUGUACCGCUCCUGCAUGAAUGAAAGCAUACUGGAGGAGCUGGACGCCAGACCGAUGCUGAAAAUGCUCCGACAGCCCGAGUUUCGAUGGCCGGUGUUGGGGGACGGACUCGGCCGGGAGUACCAGUGGUCUCAGAGUCAGUGGAGUCUCCUGAAGACGCUGGCGGAGAUGAGGAACCAGCACAGCAAGAGCGUCCUGAUCCGCCUCUACGUCUCCCCUGACGACAAAAACUCCUCCUACUACAUCAUCAAGCUCGAUCAGGCGUCCUUAUCUCUUUCUUCUAGAGAGGAUUACACUACAAACACUUCCUCUGCUCUCGGGAAUCGUGCUGCGUUGCUGAGUCUGAUGGUGGACGCAGCCGUCAUGCUGGGCGCCCCAAAGCAAGCGGCGCAGACCCAGAUGGAAAAGGCUCUCGACUUUGAGACCAAAAUUGCUCAUAUCCUGAUUCCCUAUGAAAAUCGCACCAGUGAGAACAUGUACAACAAAUACACGCUGUCUCGGUUGCAGCGCUCCAUGCCACAGUUUGAUUGGCUUGGUUUUGUGAAAGCUGUGGUGGAAUCUAAAGAUAAUCCAAGCCUUUCCAUUUCCUCCUCUGAGCCCGUCAUCGUCAGAACCCCCAAGUAUUUUAAGGACCUCAUGAAGCUCAUCAACAGCACAGACUCCAGGACGGUAGCUAACUACAUCCAGUGGAGGACGGUGUUUUCUAAGAUCACCACUCUGAGUCGCCGUUUCCUCUACAGAUACCUGGACUUCGCUCGGGUCACCACAGGAACUACGUCUCUGACUCCCCGCUGGGAUAAGUGCGUUAACUACGUGGAGAACUCCCUGGUUUACGCCACCGGACGGCUUUUUGUCGACAAACACUUCCAGGAGGACAAGAAGCUCAUGAUGGAAGAGCUAAUUGAGGGGAUUCGGUGGGCUUUCAUCGACAUGCUAGAGAAGGAAAACGACUGGAUGGACCAACAAACAAAAAAUAAAGCCAUAGAAAAGGCUCACGCGGUCCUGCCUAAGGUCGGGUAUCCAGAGUUUAUUUUGAAUGAUACCUACCUCACAGAAGACUUAGAGCAGCUAGAGUUCAAUGAAAAGGAUUACUAUGGCAACGUGAUGCAGACGCUGAAGUUCAUCGCCCAAUCAGACGUCUCCUGGCUUCGAAGGAGCGUCCCACGCACAGAAUGGUUUACAAACCCAACCACCGUGAACGCCUUCUACAGUUCGUCCACAAAUCAAAUCAGAUUCCCUGCUGGAGAGCUUCAGAAGCCUUUCUUCUGGGGAAAGGAGUAUCCAAGGUCAUUAAGUUACGGUGCCAUCGGGGUGAUAGUGGGACACGAGCUAACUCACGGCUUCGAUAACAACGGCCGCAAAUACGACAAAAAUGGUAAUCUGGACCAGUGGUGGAGUGAGACAUCUGUGGCGGCCUUCACCGAGAAGACCCAGUGUAUGAUUGAUCAGUAUAAUGAUUACUACUGGGAAGAAGCAGGUCUAAAUGUGCGUGGUAAGAGGACCUUAGCAGAAAACAUAGCAGACAAUGGGGGAAUCAGAGAAGCAUUCAGGGCCUACAGGCGGUGGGUGGACAAGAACAGAGGCGGCGCGGAGGAGCCUCUGCUGCCAGGACUGGAACUGAACAACAAUCAGCUGUUUUUCUUGAGCUACGCACAUGUUAGAUGUAACUCAUACAGACCAGAAGCAGCCAGAGAGCAGAUCCAGAGUGGAGCUCACAGUCCUCCCAAAUACAGAGUCAUCGGCGCAAUGAGCAACUACGAAGAAUUUCGGAAAGCAUUCAGCUGUCCUCAGUCGUCGGUAAUGAACCGAGGAGCGCAGUCCUGCCGCGUGUGGUGACCUUUGACCUCAUUCUCAAGCCCUGGACCAGGACAGAGCCGUCAGCUAGAAAACGGUGUUAAUAUCUGACAAGGUGGCCAAAAUGUUUUACACAGAGGUAACAACGAAAAAGUGAGUCGAGUGAAGAAACUGAACGUGUAUGAAAAAUGGAUGCUUUUUUCGAGCCAAACUAAGAAAAACAAAAUAAAAUUAUGAGAAUAAAGUCAUAAGAAUACAAGAAUAAACUUGUACCAGAAUAAGGUCAUUAUAUUCCUGAAUGAAAUCGCAGUAAUACGAGAAUUAGAUCAUAAUAUCACGAGAACAAAGUUGAAAUAAUACGACAGUAAAGUUGUAGUAUUCCGUGAAAAAAAUAAAUUCUCGUAAUUUAUUGACUUUAUUCUCGUAAUUUUUUUUAUUUUCUUAGUGUAGCCGUAAUCGCACGUUGUAGUUUUUGUAUAAAUGGAAACAUUUCAGUAGUGCAGCCAUUUUUAGGUUG